AUGUCGUCUGAUACUUCCACCUGGUCGGCCCAGCGUGUCCGAGAGACCUUCUUCGAGUAUUUCAAGCAAAAUGGCCACACUUUUGUUCCUUCCUCUCCUGUCGUCCCGCUGUCUGAUCCGACCUUACUCUUCACCAAUGCUGGAAUGAACCAGUUCAAGUCCAUCUUUCUGGGAACCGUGGAUCCGCAGUCAGACUUUGCAAAACUGCGACGCGCCGUGAAUUCGCAAAAGGAUCUCGACGAUGUCGGCAAGGACAGCUACCACCAUACCUUUUUUGAGAUGCUCGGUAACUGGAGUUUCGGCGACUACUUCAAAAAAGAAGCGAUCUCAUAUUCGUGGACCCUCUUGACCAAGGUCUACGGCUUGGACCCUGAUCGUCUCUAUGUCACCUAUUUCGAAGGAAGUGAAGCAGGUGGCCUGGAACCGGAUCUCGAGGCUAAGGAACUCUGGAAAUCAGUGGGCGUUCCGGAAUCACACAUUCUUCCCGGCAACAUGAAGGAUAACUUCUGGGAAAUGGGCGACCAAGGCCCGUGUGGACCAUGCAGUGAGGUUCACUACGAUCGAAUUGGCGGCGGUCGCAAUGCUGCCCACCUGGUUAACCAGGAUGAUCCAAACGUUUUGGAGAUCUGGAACAACGUCUUCAUCCAGUAUAACCGAGAGUCAGAUCGAUCUCUGCACCCCCUUCCCAAUAAACAUGUCGAUACAGGAAUGGGCUUCGAGCGACUCGUCUCGAUUCUUCAAGACAAGUCCUCGAAUUAUGACACUGACGUCUUCACUCCGAUUUUCCAAGCCAUUCAAGUUGUCACCGGCGCCAGGGAGUACCGCGGACUGUUUGGAGCGGAAGAUGCUGACGGUAUCGACACGGCCUACCGUGUAGUCGCGGACCAUGUUCGGACCUUAAUGUUUGCCAUUUCAGAUGGUGUCAUUCCCAACAACGAGGGCCGUGGCUAUGUCAUUCGUCGAGUGUUACGUAGAGGAGCCCGAUAUGCUCGCAAGUACUUCCAGGUUGAUAUUGGAAACUUCUUCUCCAAAUUGGUGCCGACGGUGGUGCUCCAACUAGGUGACAUGUUCCCAGAGCUAAAGCGAAAGCAACAGGACGUGAUGGAGAUUCUCGACGAAGAGGAGUUAUCCUUCGCUAAAACCCUGGAUAGAGGCGAACGCCAAUUCGAGCAGUACGCCCAGCAAGCCAAAUCGAAGGAUGCGGAGAAGCUCCACGGUGCCGAUGUGUGGAGGCUGUAUGAUACCUUCGGCUUCCCGGUUGACCUGACUCAGAUCAUGGCUGAAGAACGCGGCCUGCGUAUUGAUGACGUGGAAUUUGAAGAAGCACGCCUCAAGGCCAAGGAGGCUAGUAAGGGUCAGAAAAAGACUGCUGCAAAUGCCGUCAAACUCGACGUUCAUGACCUAGGCAAGCUGGAGAAGAUGGAUGAUGUUCAAAAGACAGAUGAUUCUGCCAAGUUUGGACGUGGCAACAUCACAGCUCACGUCAAAGCCAUUUAUCAGGGAAGGAACUUCUAUGAGAGCACCGAGUCUGCCUCUGACGGAGAGCAGCUUGGAGUCAUUCUUGACUGCACCAACUUCUAUGCCGAGCAAGGUGGUCAGGAAAGUGACACCGGCAAGAUUGUGAUUGAUGGGCAAGCCGAGCUUGAGGUCGGUGAUGUUCAACUCUAUGCAGGAUACGUCCUCCACACAGGCUUUAUGAAGUACGGAACUCUCUCUGUCGGCGAUGCCGUGAUUUGUGAAUACGAUGAACUUCGGCGUUGGCCCAUCCGGAACAACCACACCGGCACCCACAUCCUGAACUUUGCUCUUCGAGAAAUUCUGGGGGAUGGGGUCGAACAAAGAGGUUCCCUUGUGGCGGCAGAGAAGCUCCGCUUUGAUUUCUCCCACAAAGCAGCCAUCUCAGAUGCCAGUUUGGAGAAAAUCGAGGCAAAGGCCACCGAAUACAUUCGUCAGAACUGUGCUGUGUACUCCCAGGAGGUCCCUCUGGAGACAGCCCAGAAGAUCUCCGGGGUCAGAGCAGUUUUUGGAGAGACAUACCCUGACCCGGUUCGUGUUGUUUCUGUUGGUGUUGAGCUGGAAGAGAUCUUGCGCAAUGUCCAGGAUCCCAGAUGGGAAAAGGUCAGCAUUGAAUUUUGCGGUGGCACACAUGUUCAGAAAACCGGUGAUAUCAAAGACCUGGUGAUCCUAGAAGAAAGUGGCAUUGCGAAAGGAAUUCGCCGCAUUAUCGCUGUCACCGGUGAGGAUGCUCACGAAGUGCAACGGGUAGCCGAGGAGUUUGGCAAGCGCCUGGACCGGUUGGAUUCGCUGCCCCUUGGUCCUGAGAAGGAGCGAGAUGCCAAGCAGAUACAGGUGGAUCUCAACCAGCUUGUUGCAUCUGCAGUCCAGAAGGCUAGAUUCCGGGAACGGUUCACUGCCAUCAACAAGCAGGUUCUUGAUGGUCAGAAGGCUCAGCAAAAGCUAGAGAUCAAGAAGGCAGUCGAAACAAUUACCACCUAUUUCCAGUUGCCGGAAAAUGAGAACUCAUCGUCACUUGUUGUCAGACUUCCAAUGCCGGCCAGUGCGAAAGCGGUCAGUGAGUCUAUUAAUCACGUCAAAUCUAAAAUGCAAGGCAAGAAUGUGUAUGUUCUGGCUGUGGACUCUGAGCAAACCCGAAUUGCGCACGGUUGCCAUGUAUCCAAGGAACUCGGUGACCAGGGUGCUUCUGCCAAUGACUGGGCUGCGGUUGUCUCUAGUGCUAUAGGUGGUAAGGCUGGAGGGAAAGGAUCGACAUCUAUUGGUAAUGGUGUCAAUAUAGAUAAGGUGGAUGAAGCUGUUUCACUGGCUUCGGAGUACUUGAGUAAAUUCAAGCUUUAG